GAGAAUGGCCUUCUGUGGCACCCAGGCUCCCUACCUGAACCCAAUUGUCCCCUUUUCUGGGUCAAUCCUAGGGGGUCUCCAGGAUGGACUUCAGAUCACUGUCAGUGGGAUUGUUCUUAACUCCAGUGCAACCAGGUUUGCGGUGAACUUGCAGACCGACUUCAGUGGAAAUGACAUUGCCUUCCACUUCAACCCGCGGUUUGAAGAGGGAGGGUAUGUGGUCUGCAACACGAAGCAGAAACGGGUCUGGGGGCCUGAGGAGAGGAAGAUGCAAAUGCCCUUCGAGAAGGGGAAGCCCUUCAAGCUCUGCUUCCUGGUGCAGAGCUCGAACUUCAAGGUGACGGUGAACGACAUCUUCUUUGUGCAGUACUUCCACCGCAUACCCUACCAUCGCGUGAACACCAUCUCUGUCACCGGCACUGUGCACCUGUUCUCCAUCAGCUUCCAGGACAUCCGUGCAGCCCAUGUGCAGCCUGCCUUCUCCAUGGCACGAUUCCCCAAGCCUGUCCGUUUCCCACCCAGGCACAAAGGGCACAAACCGAAACCUCCAGGCUUCCAUUUUGCCAGCCAGGCUCCCAUUAUUCAAAUGUUCACCCACAAUGUGCAGGACGCCCCUGGACAGAUGUUCCCUAAUCCUGUAAUCUCACCUAUGGCAUGCUCCAACCCGAUCUAUACAAUGCCUUUCUGCACCAGGAUUCCAGGCGGGCUAUACCCAUCCAAGUCCAUUGUUGUGGUGGGCACUGUCCUGCCCUAUGCUCAGAGGUUCCACAUCAACCUGCGCUCUGGGAAUGACAUCGCCUUCCACCUGAACCCACGUUUCGAUGAGAACACCGUGGUCUGCAACACCCAGAUCAAUGGUUCUUGGGGGUCUGAGGAGCGAAGACUCCAACAAAUACCCUUUGGCCAAGGCCUGGGGUUCUCGGUGUGCAUCAUGUGUGAAGGCCACUGCUUCAAGGUGGCCGUGGAUGGUCAGCACCUGUUUGAAUAUUACCACCGCCUGAAGAACCUGCCUGCCAUCAACAACCUGGAAGUGGCGGGUGACAUCCAGCUGACCGACGUGCAGACAUAGGUGGGCUCCCAGCCGUGGGACGAGGGCUGGCAGUGUUGCUGUCUGGGUCCCCUCAUUACCUCCACUUCCCUGUCCCAGACCCAGCCUUUCCACUCUACCCGGGACCUGUACUUUUCUGGAGAGACCAUGUCCUUGUCUGGGCCUGCUUCUGGCCCAGCCAGCCAAGGUUGGAGGAGGCAGCUGGCUGCAACUGCCUUCCUCAGCCGUCCAAAUCCUCCCAUCUGAGGAGAGAGGCACAGCCAGUGGGAGGGAGGGGGUGGUCGGUGCAUAGAGGGAGGGUCCUGAGCCUUCCCAGGACCCCAGCCCGGGCCUUCACCCCAUCUGGCUCUCAACCACAUUCCCAACCGCCAUUCAACUCCAUCCCAGUCCCAAGCCACCAGCUGCACUCCACGUGGGAGGUGACUUCCUCAGCCCCUCCUCUUUCCCUGACCUUUAACCUCUCUCACCUUGCACCCUGCACCAACCCUUCAUGCCUUCCAGGAAAUCUACCCUGAUGAUAUCCUGCUAGUUUCCACCAACAGACCAGAACUUUCUCAGCAGAGGGCUCUCUCC